AUGGCCUCGUGUGCAGCAGGCUUCGAGAACGCCCCUGAACAGCGCACACCAAUCGACCUCGACAUACAUGGAUCAAUGCCACCAUGGCUCAGCGGAGUCCUGUACCGCACUGGUCCGGGCACCACCCGCAUUCCGACCACCGCAGACCCGUCUAAGACGGUCGAUAUCCAGCACUGGUUCGACGGGCUUGCCAUGCACCAUCGUUUCGAGAUAUAUCCCGGUGGACAGCGCGUCUCGUACCGCUCGCACAAAGGUGCGGAAGAUUUCGAGAAACGCAUCGCCGACGCUGGCAGUUAUCCCGGCUUCUCCUUCGGACAGAAGGGAGACCCUUGUCAGGGUAUCUUCCGCAAGUUCUUCACCGUGUUUCGGACUCUGCGCGAUAUGAAUGUACCCGCAAUGCAAACGCCUUCUGGACAGAGCGUUUCGGUGACUCUUACUCCAGACAUGCCUGGAUGGAAGGUAGAUCAUCUGAACCUUCCGUCCCCGUCCUCCGGACCUCGGUACCUUGUAGCGAAGACAGACGCCGACAUCCUCCAGCUGCUUGACCCUAUUACGCUCGAGCCCCUUGUCGGUGCAACAUACAAGGACUUGGACCCCAGACUUGACGGCCCCCUAUCCGCUGCGCACUCAUGCCGCGACCACGAAACGGGAGACUUCUACAAUUAUUCCUGCAAGAUUGGUGGCCGUUUCCCGACCUACAAGAUAUUCAGGAUCAGUGGGAAGGACGGUAAAGUGGACAUUCUGGCGGAGGUCAAAGACGCGCCUCCGUCGUACAUCCACUCAUUCGCAAUGACCGAGCGAUUCGUCAUACUUUGCGUCUGGCAAGCUCACAUCACGCAAUAUGGGAUGUCGCUUGUAUUGAACAAGAACGUUGCAGAGUCCAUAGACUACAACUGGAACCCGAAGGCAGACACUCUAUUCUACGUUGUUGAUCGCAACAAUGGCGGACUUGUCGGCAAAUACAAGACGCCUCCAUUCUUCUGCUUCCAUCACCUGAACGCCUUCGAUGAUCCUGACACCGGCGAUAUUGUCAUUGACAUGUCUGUCUACUCCGAUAACAAUGUCAUCAACCUGCUUUAUCUCGACAAGCUGCGGAAUCUCAACAUGGAGAACCACAUGCUGAUGGGCCGGGCCCGUCGUUUCCGCCUUCCCUCCCCUGCGCGUUCCUCUGCCGCUCUCCAGGUACAGGACGCCAUCGUGGACUUAACACUCCCGCAGCCGCAGAGCAUCGAGCUGCCCGUCGUUGCGCCUUCCGUGUACCACAAGCCGUACCGCUUCGCAUAUGGCAUCAACAAGCUCGACCCGAAGCUGCAUCACACCUUUGCGGAUGGCAUCAUCAAGCUUGACAUGGCCUCGUCUUCGGACGGCACUCCGGGCAGCGGGACCAAGGUGUGGCGCAAACCCGCACACACGCCCUCUGAGCCGAUUUUCGUCCCGCGUCCGGGCGGGACGAGUGAAGACGACGGUGUGCUUCUGAGCGUCGUGCUCGACGAGGAUGCCAUGAGGAGCAGCAUGGUCGUUCUGGAUGCGAAGGAGAUGACGGAGCUUGCUAGGGCUGAGAUGAAGACCGUGUUCCCUAUCGGUUUUCAUGGAGUGUUUGCGGCGCAAAAGUUAUGA